CAUCUAUGCAAAUGUGUUGGCAAGGGAGACGCAGUGGUUCAUUCAUCAUCUUCUUCCAGAGAGAGGGAGAGAGAGAGAGAGAGAAAGAGAGAGAGAGGUGAGCUAACACAAAGGUUAUUUUACAUGAGGGAGAGGGAGGAACUGCUUUGGACCAAAAACACUGCCACAAGAAUAUCUGCAAAGCGAAGGACAGGCUUUGGUUUCAAAGCUGCAAGGAGCUUAUUCUUCUUCCAGACAUUACAGGAGAGGUGAAGCAUCAUGGGGAAACACAACAGCAAGCUAGCUCCAGAGGUUCUGGACGACCUGACCAAGAACACCGAAUUCAACGAGGCAGAGCUCAAGCAGUGGUACAAGGGCUUCCUCAAAGACUGUCCCUCUGGCAUCCUCAACCUGGAGGAGUUCCAGCAGCUCUAUGUUAAGUUUUUCCCAUACGGUGAUGCCUCAAAGUUUGCCCAGCAUGCGUUUCGGACAUUUGAUAAGAACGGCGAUGGGACCAUUGACUUCAGAGAGUUCAUCUGCGCCCUGUCCAUCACCUCCAGGGGCAGCUUCGAGCAGAAACUCAACUGGGCUUUCAACAUGUAUGAUUUGGACGGGGAUGGGAAAAUCACUCGCAUGGAGAUGCUGGAGAUCAUCGAGGCCAUCUACAAGAUGGUCGGCACUGUGAUCAUGAUGCGUAUGAACGAGGACGGGCUGACCCCGCAGCAGCGUGUGGACAAGAUCUUCUCCAAGAUGGACAAGGACCACAAUGAUGAGAUCUCCCUGGAAGAAUUUAAAGAGGCCGCCAAGUCUGACCCCUCCAUCGUCCUACUGCUGCAGUGUGACAUGCAGAAGUAGAGACCGGGAUGGGUGGAGAAACAGAGGGAGGGAGGGAAGGAAGGAUAGGGGAAGAGUUGAACUGAAACAAGAGAAGGAAGGAGGAUGAGUGAAUAGAGAGGCCGGGGAAUGAAGGGAGGGACGCAGCUUAGGGAGUAGGAGGUAGGGAAACCUUUUUCCUUCUUUUUUUUGAGGCAGUGAAGACUGGCAAUUAGCCGUAGAUCUCUGAGUGAUGCCAUAAUUUUUGUCACACGUUUACAGUACUGUACACUUCAGUCUAGCUUCAGUCUAGCUAGGCGUCUUUAUAAAUCCAAUCUGAUGAUCUGUGAAAAGAGGAAAUUCCCCAUGCUGAAAUAUUGUAAGGAUUUCCACCCUGCAGUACAACAUAUACUGCACCUUCAUCUUAUAUUUCCCUUAUUGCUUGUAAAACAGUGAAUGCUUUGUCCACCCUUUUCAAAAUGUUAAUAUUGAGACAGAGCAAAGCAGGUUGCUUCCGAUUGAUUUCAAAGGUCAUGAAAAAAUAGUUGUACAAAGUAUGCAUAUUUGCUUUUUUUCUGAAUUACAUCAAAUGAUUGAUAGUAUCAAUGUUUAAUGUGGAGCUACAGACUGAAAACAGGGAGAUAGCAAGAGGAUAAAUAAAUCUAUUAACCAGUACGAUGACAGUAAGGUGACAUAUUCAUUUUUUAAGUUUUUUUCACGCUUUAACUUUUUCUUUAACAUUUGGACAGAGCAAGGCUAGCUGUUUGCUAAGCUAAACUGAGCUAAGCUAAUCGUCUCUAAGAAAGUGUUUUUGACCUUCUCAUCUUGUCAAAAAGCACAUUAACAUUUUCCAAAAUAUGUAACUAUUCCUUUUAACCCUCCAGUUGUCAUCGAGUCAAAUUUGACCCUUUAAAUCUGAUCCUAUAUCUGAAAUAUGAAGUUCUUUUACUAAUUUACCACAAAAAAAUGGAUUGAAUUCCAUACAACGCUCUUUGCAAAUACAAGUGAUCUCUUUCAUUCCACUGAUCUUAACUAUUAGUCAAAAUAAUUCAUAAUUUCUACUUUUUUAACUCAAAUAUUAGGUAUAACUCUAUGUAAAUGAGGGUUAUUGACAAUGUA